UCAAAUUUCCUGAGUUUUUGUAAAAUCUGGUAUUCUUUUGCGAAUUUUUCGUCACUUUAAGUCACAUUUCUAUCAAAUUCAUCUUCAAAUCCAGAAUUUUUAGCUUUGAAAGUUUAACAGUAAUGCCUCCCACGACCUAUCUAUCGGAGAAACUAAUUGAUAGGCUAAAAUUUGUCAAAACCAAUGGUGUGGGAUCUUUGUAUGGCAUAUUUUAUGACAAUUCAGCUCUUAUUCUCGGAUUAAGUUUUGAGGAAUACAGCAGAAAUGAUGAUGGGAGCAGCAAAAACAAUUUCGGAUCCUCUCAACCACACUAUCCCGCUGAAAUUGACUACUGUGGGUUGGUUUCUUUUCAGUCAGAUGCAAGUAUCGAGAAUGAUCAAGCUUCUUUUGUGGCCAAAGCAGUAGAGGACGUCUCUAUCACAGACUCACCAUUUGUCGCUGUUGUCAAUGUCAGCACUUCUGGUCCAUCAACCAUCAGUUUGUACUGUUGUGCAAGUAAAAUUCUGAAUCCUGUUAACUAUAAAAUUCUGUCGGAGAAGGAAAUAAAAAACCAGUUUUUAACCAUCAGGCUCUGCUCCAAGUUGCCAUUGACUUGUGGAAGUAAAGAACAGUCCAUUAAUGACCGAAUGGCUGAUCUUCAGAAAAAGAUUUCCUCCGAUAGUCUGAUGUUUAACUUCCCCGACCAAAAUGUGUUUUUAAGUGAUACUUACCUUGACUCCAAUUUAAGCGGAAGCUCAACUGCAGCUGACAUUGUAUCGGUACAUAAAACUGAAGAGGGUAGUACAAGCUCAAAAAAGAAAGGAAAAGCAGCACCUCCUUCAAAUACAGGAUUACUAACUGCCAAAAUGUAUUUAAGGUCCACCAAAAGUGAAGAGGACAAUGAAAAUCAUCCAUCUAAUCCACCCACUGUUUGUCAAACCAAACAUGAAAGUGACUGUCUGGAAAUUUGGUUAGACAUUGAUGCUCUAUCAAUGGUGCAUACAAAGAAAAAGCUCCAACACUUAUCAAAUAUUCUCGUGGACAGUAUUAGUCGAUCUCUCACUUUAAUCGAACAAGCUCUUCUGCGUAAUUCCUCCAGUGCCCCUGUGACGCAUCAUUAUUCGCUCAAUCAACUCUCUCACUUCUUUACUCUUGUGUACCCUGAAAAAGUGCUUGAAGACACUCUAAAAAAUUAUCGUGAGUCACUUCAUAAACUAUUAGGCCUUCCAACGAACCAACCGUUCUUCAGGCGUGGGAAUGCUCAUCAGUUUGAGAAGAAAGAGAAAUCCUUCAAUUCGCUUCUAGUUAACCCUCAUGAAGGGCUUGCAUCAUCUGGAGUGAAAUCAGGCGAAGUUGCAUUAAUUCAUGGAAAGUAUACGUACCACCAUUAUAUGCAAGAUGAAAUCAAUGACAAUGGAUGGGGUUGUGCGUACCGAUCUUUGCAGCUCAUAGUUUCUUGGUUUAGGUUGCAAGGUUUUACAAACCAUCCUGUUCCAACGCACGAAGAGAUCCAAAAAUGCCUGGUUGACAUAGGAGACAAACCGCGGACUUUCAUUGGUUCAAGGCAGUGGAUUGGGUCCACAGAAAUUUUGUAUUGUCUAGAAUCUAUGCUGGGUGUCACUAGUAGGAUCAUUGCCAUCAACUCAGGAGAAGAGCUGUCGGAGAGAGGAAGUGAAUUGAUCUACCACUUUAAAACUCAAGGCACGCCUAUUAUGAUAGGAGGCGGAGUUCUAGCUCACACAAUCAUUGGAGUGCAUUUCAACAAUCAAACAGGUAACAUCAAAUUAUUAAUUGUUGAUCCGCACUACGUUGGGAGCGAGGAUCUCAAAACCAUCCAAGAUAAUGGGUGGGUCGGGUGGAAACCGAUCAGCUUUUGGCAAAAAAAUACUUUCUAUAAUCUGUGUCUACCACUGAAGCCAAACUGUGUGUGAUUUAAUUGCAGUGGGUGUCAAACACUGAACUAACGACAACAUUCCAUUUGAUCACUUUCAACCUUUAUAAACCAAUUAUAUUUUUGUAAAUCAAAAAUAUCUGUUAAUUCAACAGUAUUCUGUUCAGAUACUUUUUAAAGGAACGUAUUUCAUAAAUUGAGGUUGUGCAUAGUUCCUCUAAACUGCAGAGUUCAAAUCAUGGCGCUUUAAUGAUAGGUUGUUUUUUUCUCCUCUUUAUUUUCUUUCCAUUCUAUUUCCAAGUGCAUUUGACAUUGAAUAUCAUUUAAAAUUCUCAGCACAUUUAGCACAGGAGCAUGUGUAGUUUUGCCAAUUUAAUAAUGCUCCUGCCUAACUUACUUUAUUACCCGCUGGUUCAAAGUGUAUAUAACUGCCACCCACAGCAACAGUGCUGCGACUCCACUCCAGUUGUUAAAAUUAUUUUUCCAAUAAAAUGCUCAAUGGGCCUGUUGCAUGCAAGAGAUACAGCCGCGCGAAUAGACUUUAUAGUGCUUAAAUGACACGAAAA